AACCUUGACGGUUUUCCUUGACCGAAAUAGUUUGGUACCGAAAUGUCCUACGAGAUCCAACAACAACAACACGCACCUGUUAUAAAACAACAACAAUAUGGUUCACAAAAUAUCAUUUACAUAAACUUUAAUUUGUAAUUAAAGACACAAGUACUGUAUACAACAUCGAAAUGUAUAAAAAGCAAAGAAAUGCGUUUACUACACGUCUAAGUCGGGAAUACGGCCAUCGCAAUCUAUUGGGAGAUAAUUCACUGGUUUGUUCUAGUCUAACGUCAUCUAUCAAGUCGAUUCGAACAUGGGACCCCAGGCAAACUUUGGUCGACACGGACCAUGGAGGCGUUUUCAACUUUGGUUUUUCUAAAAAUGGGUCACUUCUUGGAGUUGCUAUGGAAAGGAAAAGUGUUUUACUUUUUGAUGCCUUCAAUGGGAAACUUGUUGCUAAGAAAACAAAUGCACACACAGACUGUGUUAACUGUGUAAAGUUUUUAGAUGACCGCUUGUUUGCCACCUGCUCUGAUGACACUACUGUUGCAUUAUGGGAUGCUCGUUACCUAAAGCACAAUGUACAGAUGUUUCGGGGACACUCCAACUGGGUGAAGAACAUAGAAUACGACUCGAGGCAGGGAAUUCUGCUUACCUCUGGCUUUGAUGGUAGUAUUUAUACAUGGAAUAUUAACAGAUACAGCAGUGAUGAGGCCUCCUCGAACCGUGUGUUCUACACAAGUGGCCUGAUGCGGUCCAAGCUCUCUCCAGACUUCACCAAGCUGGUCAUCUCCACUCACGAGGGCUAUAUCAUAGUCAUACAUAACCUGGACCUGUCCACUCUAAGUGAGGACCUGAAGGGAUUCAAGCCCAACAUGUACAGGCUGAUGCAGCAGAGCCAGACACCCAUCAAGGUCGGCCUCCAGUACAACCACGUGUUUGAGCAGGAGCGUAACCGGGUGGAAUUCAUCACAGACUGGCCCACCGGCAACGAGGCCAACAUCAUAUCAUCUCUACAGAUUCACCCACAGGGCUGGUGUAUCCUGUCCAGGAACACUGAUACAUCUGAAAACUCAGAGUGGACCUGUGUACAUGACCUUCAAGAAAGAGAUGUUAAGACAAAGGGUCCACGCCCUUGGGAAGUGACCAAGGUUACACCACACACUUCGGCAGCAUCAAGUUCAUCCACAAACACCCCAGCGCAUUCCUCUGUGGCUCCAUCAAGGUCAUCACAGUCUUCUUCACGGUCACAACCCAGAAACGGGAAUUCUUCAAGGGAAGUGCCCAGGAGUGCUCGGAGAAACGUGUCAGAGUCCCCCAGGGAAGGUCAGGUGCAGGCCUCUAGUGAAAACCUGUGUAACUCUGCUAGCACCAACCCAGCCAUGGCAAGGGAAUUGGACUUGCCCGCUGACCCCUCCCAGUCUAGUCCAGGGAUCAUUUCAGGAGAAGAACCAACUAGCCCAGUGAUUGAGCCGAAUGAAAACGAAAACAGCCCGUCAUCUGGUACCAGUAGGCAACCAGAAACAGUCUCAUCGAUAAGACAACUACUUACAAGCAGCCCAGUGAACGAAGCAAGUUAUGGUGGUGUUAAUGCAAGCCAACAAGAUGUCCAGCAUGCAAGUGGAAGUAGUGUUCCUAGAGAGCUUCCAGCAAACGCUAAUGUCCAACAAAACAUGGAAGAAGAAUUGGCCUUGCCUGGCACUCACUCAACCAGUCGGCAAGCAGCGGUUUCAGAAGGCUUGCAUGCAAUACCUCCGGCUGGUUCUCAGUUAACUACAGGUCCGAUGCACAAUUCUCUCAUUCAGAUACGUCGUGGGUCACGCCAGCAAGAUGGGAGCUUUUCUUUCUCAAUAUCCGUGCACACGUCUAGCGGUCGCACUAUAUUUUUCAGUCAGGACGAGAUUGAGGCAGAAGACGAAGAUUCAGACUUGAGAAUCGAAAGAGUUAUUCCUAAUGUCAGUGAAGAAAACCCCAGCAGAAACAGUGCGGAGGGUGUUGGGUCCAAUGGACCAAAUCCAAGGAUGCCACAACCAGUUGUCCCUGAACAUGGGGCCGAUCUCGGGGCCAAUCACUCUACAAGCAGGCCUAUCGUAGAUGAUUCUGAUGUGGAGAAUGAAAGUGAUCAUGAUUUAAUUGAGGAUGUACUGACUUCAGAAGACAGUGACUUAUCCAAUAAUGAGGUAGAUGACCAAGUCCUUCAGAGUGUCAGUAUUAAUCUUCCUGGCUCCUCAGCAUUAAACGGGGGGGUCAAUAUUUCUAUACAAAGCCACAAUGCCCAGGAGGACCUACACCAGCCCCUGUUCAGGCACACGGGGCCGUCUAGGAUCCGUAGACGAGACAGACGUCGACACACGCCAUUAUCUAGCAGUCAGUCAGACACCAAUCAGUCGCGUCGGGCACAGGCUAGUGCUUCUGGCAUUUCUGUUAACACGGCAAGCAGUCAUGUGAGACCGGGACUUUCACUUGACACAAAUCCUCGCAAUAGUUCAUUUACGUUUGUUCUUGAAUCAAAUUCAGGAAACCGCAGACGAAGAGUACUCAAUCUUAGCUAUUUGGACAGUUUUUCGGAAUCAGAUAACAGGGUGCUCCAGAAAAACAUUCACACCAACUCCAAGCGUCUCUUAAGUUACAUGGAAGAGUGCAAUGUUGGUAAAGGCUUUAUCAAAGAAGUGGCGUUCAGUUCAGACGGGAGACUCAUCAGUUCUCCCUUCGGCUUUGGCAUUCGUCUGUUCUCGUUUGAUCAGGAGUGCAAUGAGUUGUGUGACUGCCUGCCAGAGUCGCCCGUUAAGCUGUACGAGGCAACGUGUUCCCUGGCGCAUGUGAAUAUCGUCGUGGCAACACAGUUCUCGCCUGUCCACAAUCUGGUUGUGUCCGGAUGUCUUGAUGGGAAAAUUGGCUUUCACCAGCCAGUGCUUUGAACAAAAAUUAUUUACAUUUUUUUGCUGUGAUUCAAGUGGAUGUCAGGUGAAUUCUCAAAAAUCAGGGCUUUUUCCCCAUAUGUAUUAGGAGCCAACAAAUCAUCAACUCCCCCUACACAUACUUGAUAAUUACAUUCUCUCAAAAAGCUCGCUAUUUAACUAAUCUGUCCCAGGUAUUUUUCUUCCUGUACUUAAAACAUUCUACCCAAAAUUAACACUUUAUGCCUAGCGUCUAGAAAAAAGGCCAUGGCAAACAGCGUAGACCCAGAUGAGACACUGCAUGAUGCGGUGUCUCAUCAGGGUCUGCGCUGUUUGCUUAAAGGAAUUUUUGUAAGAAAUAUUCAUAAUAUAGAAAUAAAUAUACUAAACAUCCCUAAUUUUGGAUCCAAUUUAGAAGGAUGGGAGAGUCCACUAGGCAUAAAUGGGUUAAUGUUGUUAUACCAAAGUGGACCCAUAUUCCAACAGGUGAAAACAACUCAGAGUAGAUUUUACUUGUACAUUAAUUAGUUUAAAUAUGAUUAUAAAGACAGUGAAGCCUGAUAAAUGUCAUGGUUUAUUGUUCAAUUUAAUCUUAUGGUCAAGUUAAUGAUAACUUAUAAGUUCGGGUUUUUUAUUUUAACAUUUAAAUGCAAAGAAUUUAGUUUUUAAACAUUAUGAUAAUUUAACAAUACUAGAGACAGAAUCUUACAAAAGUUUAUGUAAAGUCAACUUUACUUACUUGCGUCUAGCAAUGAUAAGCGUUUCUGUAACACAUUGAAUCAUGUUCAGUUCAUCAUACUUUAGCCACAUAUUAACCCAUUUAUGCCUAGUGGACUCCCCCAUCCUUCUAAAUUGGAUCAAUUUAUUUCCAAAAUUAGGGAUGUCUAGUAUAUUUAUUUCUGUAUUUAGAUUCUUACAGCAAUUCCUUAAGCAAACAGCGCAGACCCUGAUGAGACAGUGCAUCAUGCGGUGUCUCAUCUGGAUCUGCGCUGUUUGCCAAGGCCUUUUUUCUAGACACUAGGCAUAAAUGGGUUAACUGUAAUCCAGUAUUAAAAUAGAAUUGAAACAACAGUCAAUAGGUCAGUGUUUAGAGUCAAGUAGCAACCCUGUUACUGUUAAAGAAGUGAUUUACAAAUGUUCAAUAGAUUGUGGAAAAUAUACCUGAACUCAGAAUCAUCUAUGAUGUACCACCUCUUUAAAACACAAGCGCUCAAUAUGUUUCAAUUAUGGUCCUCUUCCAGUUAGAAUACGACUAUAUUACCUUGACAUUAUUGAAUAUGAAUAAUUUCCCAAUGAUGGCUUACGUUAUACUGUCAAGCACUAGAAAAAUAGCUUUCAUAUUUGUAGACAUUUUGAUUUAUAGUAUUGUUUACAUAAUUCAAAUUUUUUUUCCAGAAAACUUAUGGUAAUUCAUGAUUGAAGUAUAACAUUGACAGGUUUUAUGUUUUUGCUUUGUUAAUUAUUUUCAAGUGAAUUGUGUGUAGCAACUGUUGUUUAUUGUAGAUUUUCCAUGAUUAUUUUUAUCAAUUCAUGACUUAUAUUAAAAAUAGCAUUUUGUACUUUACUAUCAACUAUUAAUGUAAUAAAUAUAUAACAAUCUAAAAUAUCUCUUUGACCUGGCAGAUUUGUGAGAUAUGGUUAACAUUACAACAUGUAGUGGAGGCCAUCUAAUAUUAAAUAUCUGUAUUUGUGUCAAGUACAUCCACGCAACUGAAAAAUAAUUGGCAUACAGUAUAUUGUAUAAGAGUAUCAUUCUUCAAAAUCCAUCUAUCAAUAAAGACACAGAAUAUUUAACCCUUUUUCCACUUAGAAACAAAGUGAAAAUGGCUAUGUGCAAACAGCAUAAAACCAGAACAGACUGCGAGUAACUCGCAGUCUGAUCAGGUUUUAUGCUGUUUGCUGUGCAUCAGUGUCUAAGGGUUGGAAAAGAAGCCUUAAAAACUUGAAUCUAGUAAGAAAGGUCUUACAUGUAUAUUAAAUAUAAUUUUCUAAGGGACUACAAAUGCGUCAAAUACGUAUCUAAGUGGUAUAUGUAUGAUGUUAAAAUUGAUGAUUGCAUGUUGGCUUGUAUGAAUUAAUAGAAAUGUGUAUGUGUGAUAAUGGUGUGUGUACAACUGGCAGACAUUUUAUGGGUACUGCAAGCCAUGGUUUGAUAUGAAUCUUUUUUAGCUCAUCGAUUUUUUGAAGAAAAAAAAAGAGCUAUUGUCAUCACCUUGGCGUCGGUGUCGGCGUCCGGUUAAGUUUUGCGUUUAGGUCACUUUUCUCAUAAAGUAUCAAUGCUAUUGCAUUCAAACUUGGUACACUUACUUACUAUCAUGAGGGGACUGGGCAGGCAAAGUUAGAUAACUCUGGCUUGCAUUUUGACAGAAUUAUGUGCCCUUUUUAGACUUAGAAAAUUGAAAAUUUUGGUUAAGUUUGGUGUUUAGGUCCAUUUUAUUGCUUUCAUACUUGCAACACUUACUAACUAUCAUAAGGGGACUGUGCAUGCAAAGUAAUGUAACUCUGACUGGCAUUUUGACAGAAUUAUGUGCCCUUUUUAUACUUAGAAAAUUGAAAAUUUAGUUAAGUUUUGUGUUUAAGGUCCACUUUUUUCCUAAAGUAUCAAAGCUAUUGCUUUCAUACUUGCAACACUAACUAACUAUCGUAAGGGGACUGUGCAGGCAAAGUUAUGUAACUCUGACUGGCAUUUUGACGGAAUUAUGGGCCCUUUAUACUUGAAAAUUUGGUUAAGUUUUGUGUUUUGGUUCACUUUACCCCUAAAGUAUCAUAGAUAUUGCUUUCAUACUUGGAACACUCGCAAACUAUCAUAAAUGGACAGUAAAGGACAAGUUGCAUAAGUCUGGUUGUCAUUUUUACGGAAUUAUGGCCCUUUUUUGACUUAGUAACUUUGAAUAUAUGGUUACAUUUUGUGUUUAGAUCCACUUUACUUCUAAAGUAUCAAGGCUAUUGCUUUUAAAUUUCAAAUACUUUUCAUGCUAUCAUGAGGGUACUGUACCUUGCAAGUUGAAUUUUACCUUGACCUUUGAAUGACCUUGACUCUCAAUGUCAAAUUAUUAAAUUUUGCUAAAAUUGCCAUAACUUCUUUAUUUAUGAUUAGAUUCGAUUGAUACUUUGACAAAACAACUCUUACCUGACAUACAACAAUAGACUCCACCCAAACCAUCCCCCA